AUGUACAGCAUAGUAAUUUUCCACCACAAUUAUCUGGACGAAGAAACGGAUCUCUCCGGUGACAAUGGUCAACGUAUAUACAUAACUGUGAAUGCAAGUGGACCGAAUUCACAUCACCAUCAAUAUUUCCCACCACAAUUAUCUGGACGAAGAUACGGUUUAAAGAGUGGUCUCUCCAGUGAAAAUGGUCAGCGUACAUACAUAACUGUGAAUGAAGAUGGAUCGAGUUCAUAUCAUAAUCGAUAUAUUCCACCACGAUUAUCUGGACGAAGAAACGGAUCAAAGAGUGGUCUCUACGUUGAUAAUGGUCAACGUUUGGUCUACAAGCUACAUUUCAAGGGAUUUCUUGUUAGAACUAAUUUUUGA